CCAGACUCCAAAAACCAACCAGACUCAAACCAGCAGCCAGACUCCAACCACCAACCAGACUCCAACCAGCAGCCAGAACAACAACCAGCCAGAACAACAACCUGCCAGAACAACAACCAGCCAGAACAACAACCGGCCAACCAGCGGAGCUGCUAGACUCCGUCUCUGAAGUCAUGGCGUCCCCAGCAUUGCUGCUGCUGAUGUUGAUGAUGUCAUCACUGACCCUCCAGACCUCGUCGGGAACCAAAUUGAAGAAGCGGAUAUUCAAGGUAGCCGAAAUGCUACUAGACCAUUCGGAUUGAUUGGUCGGAUUGAUCCCAGUAGCUGGUUCCCAACUCGCCACAGUCCUGAACGAUUUGAAAGGGGACCCUAAGUUUAAUAUGCAAAUGCAAGAAAUGGAAAAUAUACAAAGCCAACUUAAGAAUUUAGAAGUAAUAACGCGUUUAGGACAUGCGAAAGCUGCAUAUGGCACAAUAGAACAAUCCAUCAAUACUGCCUGGAACGAGUAUGAAAAGUUGAAGGAGCGAAACGAUGUAUCUGAAAUGAAGAAAUAUUUUGAUGAUUAUGAAUCCUCACACGCCAACCACAACCUGUUUCAGCUAUAUUCUUUAAUGCCAAAGAAAGUAUCUUUAUUUGGGAGUUUACCUAACACCUUCAUUGAGGAGUCUCGCUGUCAUAAUGCAGAGCUUGAUAAUUUCAAUCGCAAUUUCAAUGAUCUCAUGGUCAAAAGCCUUGUCCUGAAUGUACGCUUGUUUCGAUAUAAAGGUGAUGAAUUGAACAAAGGAAAGAUUGUUGAAGCCGUGCAUUACUACCACGACGGCAUGAGGAAACUCUACAAAGCCCAGUGGAUAUGCUUUGAUCAUGACACAACGUACAUCGAGCUAGAUUUACAAGAUGAGAUGAUCACUCAAAGCAACACUGAAGCAGAUAAUAUUGCUGCGGCCAUCACGAAGCAUUUGUCAGAAGCGUAUAGCAGCUAUGACUGGUAUGUGGUUGUGCACAAGACAACCUAUGACAUCUUGACAUAUUUGCAGAAACAUACCCUAUCCGAAGAGUUCAUUAUGAAAAUUGGACCAGCGCUGACUGUAGCUGCAGCUCAGCAGAUUAGAGGCUCUCACACGAAGGUAUCAGAAAUUGUACUGGACAUUAAAAAAUGUCUAAGCAGAGGCCAGGUAGUAUGCAGUAGUCUGAACAAGAAAUUCAAAAGCUGUGAAUUAUUGGAUAAGUUCACAGUGAUUCAUUACUAUAGAUAUUUGAGCAAUAGUGGUAAGGAGAAAAUUACUGAGGCUGAAAGUGAUCCAGUUGUAGAUUCCGUUGACAACACCGAGGGGCCUUACAUAUACAAGGGGACAUGUAGCAGUACUUCUCACUUUAUCGUGAUGAUAAAGAGUGACGAGGAGAUCCUGAACGCCAAUCGCUGUUCCCCGACACUGUGUCAGAAUGGGGGCCAGUGUAAGGCCCUGUUUGCUCGGACUGUAUGUGACUGCAAGUACCCAUACCAUGGAGACAAAUGUGAGUGGGAGAUUGUUUACCCAGAGAAGGACGUCGUCAUUGUUAAAAAAAAGGAUGUGGAUGAGGCUCCUCCAGUUCCCCUAAGACCCCUUAACAGACUGCUGGCUAAAGCAAGUACCUAUAUCAAGGAAACACAAGUGAGGAGGUGA